AUGUUGUCAUUUAUGUAUACCCUUAUAAAGUAUGCUAUAGGAUAUAAGUCAUCUAUUAAAAGUGAACCAGAUGAAAUAAGUAAUGUUAUAGCUCAUAUUGAAAGUGCUUAUAGAAAGGAAAUGCAAAAAAAUGAAUAUUUUGAUAAGGAUGCAUGUUAUUAUAAAGCAGGAAAUAUUACCUUUAUUGCUACUGACUACGUGAUAAUUGAUGACUUUUAUGUUUGUGAUGCAGUGAAUGUUUUAAUAAAUAAUUUAAAAGUAGGUGAUAAAGUCUAUUACUUAACAUCACAAAAUAACCAUGAGAAAGAACACAAAAUAGAAAAAGUUAUUUCUGUAAUAGAUGAAUCAUGGGAUAAUGAAAUAGCAAAUUCUCAGAUAAAUAUUAUUAAACCACAAGCAUUAACAAGAUGUAUAAUUGGAAAGGUUACAGAACGUAAGAAUCGUUUAUUAAUAAUAGAACCAUGUAAUAUUACUGUUGAUUUAAACAAAGUAGAAUCUGAAUUUAUUCCUGUAAUUGGAGAUUGGUUAAAAUUAGAAUCAGAAGUAGAAAUUAAUGCAGAUUCUUAUAAUCUAAGUGGACAAAUUUUAGAGAUAAAAAAGAUACAACCUUUACGAUCUAAAUUAGAUAUUAAAGCUGUAUCUAGUUUUGAUCCAAUUAAAGAAAUUGGUGUUAUUGGUUCAGAUACUGUAUUUAAUAAAAGAAUAUGUGAUUCUGGUUAUAUUCCUUGUAUUGGUGAUAAAGUAAUAAGCGACAGUAUUGAAAGUGAUCAGGGAUUUUAUACAUGGAGAUCAUUGACAGUGGUUCCAAUAUUUCAGAUCUCUGUUAAAGAAACUAAAUUUCCAAUACUACAUAAUAUCAUUAUGCCAAAAAAGAAUUUAAAUAAACUUCUACAAAAUAAAUUUGACAUUGUUAUUAGUGAUAAUCUAAAUAUUGAUUUACAUAUACACGAAGAAAAAAAUUUAUCAGUUACUAUAAAAAAUGUAGGUAAUACUACUCAUUUAUUGCACAAAGGUUGUUUUAUGGUAAAAAAAGCCCAUUCUCAACUAACAUUAGUGCAACCAAAUACUCCUAAUACAGUUUCAGUAUUAAAUCCUUCUGAUACAUUAAUUUAUAUAUUUAAGUGUACAGCAAAGUUUAUUGGUAUAAGCAAAGAAGUAUUUAUUUUUAAUUUCAAAGAUUUUGAAAUUGGACGAAUUUUUAACAUCACUGUUAAACCUGUGCAAACUAAAUCAUUCUAUAAAAAUAAUAGCAUCAAAACCAAUUAUACACCAGAUCUUGAUGGAUGGAGUGAAGGUACAUAUAUUCCAGGUAUUCGUCCAUGUAAACCACCAUCAUUUAUUAAAAAACGAAAUGCUGUAUUCAAAAUUCCUAAACAUUAUUGGGAUAUAAUAUCAAAAUGCAUAAAUGAAAGAAAAUCACAAAUUGAGUGUGCAAGUGAUUUCGGGAAUGCUAUACCCUGUUUAUUGAAUAGUCUUUGUUUUGAAUCAUAUAAAGAUCGUUUUCAUGCUUUAUUAUAUUUAGAAGAAAUUGCUCAGAAAAUAAAUAUGCAACAAUAUAAUAUAAAUAGUACAGUUAUGAGGCAUUGUGGGGAAUAUUUGGUUAUGCAAGUACCAGGACUUGCAGAGAAACGUCCAUCCCUUCUUAUUGGUGAUAGAGCUAUAGUAUGUUUUAAGUGGGAUAAUUCUGAAGGAAAAUUAAAAUAUGAAGGAUUUAUUCACAAAGUUACAAAUUCAGAAAUUUUUUUGAAAUUCAAUUAUAAGUUUCAUCAAGAAUAUAAUUAUGAAGAUUGUCAAGUAACAUUUAAAUGUUCACAAUCUGUUAUGCAAUAUUGUCAUAAUGCAAUUAAUAUGGCUGUACAUCGUCUUGGUCAGAAUUUUUUGUUUCCUACUCAUGUAGUAGAGAAAGAACCUCAAGUAAAUGUUGAAGAAUUCGAAACAAAAGAUCAAACAAUUUUUAAACAGCCAACUGACCAGCGAACUGAUUCUGUAUCAUCAGAAUCUUCUACUAGUACUACAUCUAUAAGUAAUAAAUUAAAUAAUACAAAAAAACCAUUUACAAAAAUGUCAGUUGUACAACAAUUAUUUAACAUUGAACCUAUUGACCAGAACACAGAAAUUACAAUAAGGCCUGAUGCAGUAGCAACAGAUGAGCAGCAUUUUGAAACAAAGAAUAAAACAAAUAUUACCAAAAAAUCAGUAAAUACAUUACCACAAGAUUUAAAAGAAAUAUCGCUUCCUUCUUAUAGUAAUGAGAUACAGGCUAUUAUUGCACAAGUACAGAAACGAAAAUUGCUUUGGUUUAAUAAAAAUUUGAAUUUUUAUCAAAAAGAAGCUGUAAAAAAUAUCUUAAAAGGACAUGCACGACCAUUGCCUUAUGUAAUAUUUGGACCUCCUGGUACAGGAAAAACUAUUACUCUUUGUGAAACAAUUUUGCAAAUCUUAUCAACUAUACCUGAAAGUCGAUUGCUAAUUGCAACACCAUCUAAUAGCUCAGCAAACCUUAUAUCAGAAAGACUACUAGAUAGUGGUGUACUUAAACCUGGUGACAUGGUACGACUUAUAGCUUAUCAUUGUUUGGGUAGUGAUAGUAUACCCAGUAAGUUAUUACCAUACUGUACCACUGCUGAAUUAGCAGAUAAAUCAACAAUUCAGAAAAUAAAACAUAAUGAAGUAGAAUCAAAAUUAAAUUGUACCAUGAGUAUACUUGGACGUCAUAGAAUUACUAUCGGUACCUGUAUUGCAGUAGGAAUAUUAAAUAAUAUGGGACUUCCGCGUGGACAUUUUUCACAUGUACUAGUUGAUGAGGCUGGUCAAGCAACAGAACCAGAGAUCAUGAUUCCGCUUAAUUUUAUUCAUUCCGAUUAUGGACAAGUAGUUCUUGCAGGUGAUCCAUUACAACUGGGACCAGUUGUACAAAGUGGAAUAGCAAAGAAUUUUGGUUUAAACGAAUCAUUCUUAUCAAGAUUAUUACGUCAGUUUCCUUAUCAAAGAGAUCCUAAUGGUUUUGAAACAUGUUACGACCCUCGACUUGUCACAAAACUUGUUCUAAAUUAUCGAAGUUUACCAGAAAUACUCGAACUAUCCAGUUCUCUAUUUUAUGAUUCCGAAUUAAAAGCACAAAUUUCUGCCACAAAAAGCAAAGAAGCAAAACUUUUGCAAACAUUAGCUACAGAAUUACCAAAAAGAAAAGGUGCCCCACCAGCUAUCAUUUUUCAUGGUGUAAAUGGGGAGAAUUGCAAAGAUGAUGAUAAUCCAAGUUGGUACAAUCUCGAAGAAGCAACUCAAGUUUACCUUUAUUUGAUAAAUUUAUAUAAAUGUGGAAUUUCGCCUAAUGAUAUUGGUAUUAUAACUCCAUAUCAAAAGCAGGUCUUCCAAAUCCGUGAACUACUCAUGGAAUUAAAUGUGGAAUUACCAAAAGUUAGUAGUGUUGAAGGAUUUCAAGGUCAAGAGCGUAAUAUCAUCAUUAUUUCAGUUGUGCGAUCUUCAAAUAAUUUUGUAAAUGAAGAUAUUAAACACUCGCUCGGAUUUGUUGCUUGUCCACGAAGACUUAAUGUUGCAAUUACUCGAGCUCGUGCUUUAGUUAUCAUUUUAGGAAAUCCUAGACUUUUAGUUCAGGAUCCAUAUUGGAGAAGUGUCUUGAUAUACUGUAUCAAUCAAGAAUCUUAUAUUGGAUGUAGCUUUGCUUUUGCCGAUAUGGAAGAUUCUUGUUUACAACCAAAUGAUUCUUUUAAAAGCGGCGAAAUUAGUAAUGAUGAUUCACAAUAA